AUGGGAGAGUACAAGCUCUCAGCAGUCCUCACAGGGCACACGAGUGAUGUCCGAGCAGUUGCGCUGCCAGAUUCAGAAUUUGCAAUAACAGCGUCUCGUGAUGGGACAACAAAAACGUGGAAGCGAACAACUUCAAAGCCUCCAACAUACGAGUCAACAGAGUCGUCGCGUGGUGCUGCAUACAAAACAUGUGUAGCUUUUGUACCGCCAACCAAACAAUACCCAGAAGGUCUGGUCAUUUCCGGUGGCCAGGACACUAUCAUAGAGGCAAGACAGCCGUCAUCCACGGCUGAGAGCAACGCCGAUGGGCUUAUGGCUGGACAUGCAAAUCAGAUCUCGUCACUGGAUGUCAAUGCAGAGGAAGGCUGGAUUGUGAGCGGAAGCUGGGAUGGCACUGCUAAGCUCUGGCGAAUAGGGCAAUGGGAACCCGAGGUUGACUUUCCCGGCCAUGAAGGCACAGUAUGGGCAGUGGUAGCAUACAAUGACGAAAUAGUUGUUACAGGAUGUGCCGAUAAAGGGAUUCGUGUAUUUGACACCCGAGCAAAGGUUAUGGCCGAAUUUUCAGCCAGAGAUGUUUGCCGAGCGCUCGCAAAGAUUCCAGAAGGACACAGCACCAAAGGGCAACUCCUAUCUGCCAGUAACGAUAGCGUCAUUCGCGUGUGGACCUUGAAAGGAGACUUGAUCUCAGAGUUGUAUGGUCAUGAAGCUUUCAUAUACUCGCUUGCGGUGCUGCCAGAUGGGAAGUUCGUCAGCUCAGGUGAAGAUCGUACUGUCAGAAUAUGGCAGGACUCCUCAUGCCUCCAGACUAUUACUCUUCCUGCUGUGUCAGUCUGGUCUGUCGCAGCUUCUGCUACAGGGGACAUCAUUACUGGUUCAAGCGACAAGACGGCUCGGAUCUUUACCACUGAUCCAGAUCGAGUAGCUGAUGCUGCUGUCGAGGCUGAGUUUCAUGAAGCUGUCAAAUCAUCUUCAAUACCCCAACAAACAGUUGGGGCGAUCAACAAAACAGACAUGGAGGGUCCCGAUUUCUUACAACGAAAAUCUGGUACUAAGGACGGACAGAUUCAGAUGAUCAAGGAGAAUGACGGUUCAGUCUCUGCAUAUUCUUGGUCGAAUGUUAAAAAAUCAUGGGACAUGGUUGGCACUGUUGUUGAUAGCGUAGGAAGCGACCAGAAAAAGAACUACAAGGGGAAAGAGUACGAUUAUGUAUUCGAUGUUGAUAUUGAGGAUGGCAAACCACCUCUCAAGCUUCCAUACAACGUGACACAGAAUCCUCAUGAGGUCGCAACCAAAUGGCUUCAGGAUCACGGAUUGCCAAUGACAUAUUUGGAAGAGACAGCAAACUUCAUUGUGAGGGGCACACAAGGUGCUGCCUUGGGACAGUCGGCUUCUGAGCCAGAGCCAUCCGGACCGGACCCGUUGGGCAUUGAAUCAAGAUACAGACCAGGUGCAACCUCCUCGUAUAAACCACCCGCGCCAAAUUCAUUGGUACAAGCGAAGAGGUUACCACAGAAGGACUACGUUUCGAUCGUGGCCGGUAAGCCAGAUGCCACCUAUCAGCAAAUCCUGAAACUCAACACUCGGUAUGUUGAGUCCGGCAAGUCUAGCCUCAUGCUGUCUGAUGCGGAGCUGGACGUACUUACCAAAACCUUCAAACUAUUACAAGGCCACAAUUUCGAUGGCAAAAGCUUUCUUCCGAAGACUCGUGCGAUCGAAGCUUGUCUCCCUGUUGCGGUGAAAAUUGCGACUCACUGGCAGCCCCCAACCAACCGCCUUGCAGCUCUCGAUCUACUGAGAUUUCUGGCUGCUGCUUCACCCGAUGUCGCGGACUUCGAGGUAGGGGGAGAAGAUAUCAUCACAACUGUAGUCACCAGCGGUGUUUUUGACGAAAGCCUUGUGUCCACCAAUACCAAGCUUGCCAUGGUCGCCAUUCGGCUGUUCUCAAACUUGAUGUUUGGGUCUGAAAUGGGUCGAGAUCUGUUAGAGGCCCAAUCUGGCCUGGUAAUCCAAAACGUCAAGAGUGUGACACCCUACUGCCGGCAAGACAUCUCCUUGUCAAUCGCAGUGACCACCUAUUACCUCAACCUGGCCGUUUGGCUUACGCGACCCGAAAAUUCUCAGCUCAAAGGGAGCGAGGACAGAGCAUUGACCAUAGUUGAAGCAGUAUCUCAGGUCCUUGAGUCUCUCCCUGCUGUUGAUGCCAUAGCUUCAGGCAACACAUUGCAGCAGGCAACAGAGCCAGUAUUCCGGGGAUUGUAUGCAGUGGGUACCGUGUUGGCUGGUCUUGACAGCUCUGAAUUAAGGGACGCAGCCAGAACCAUCUUCAACAUGGGCACUUUGAUAUCUCAGCUUAGACAGCGUGGGUACUUCAACGAACCUCGAUUUCAUGGUCUGGUAGAUGAAGUCGAGCGUACGUUGGCGUAG